AUGUCAACAAAUUCACAAAUUAAAGAUAUCACAUUACCACCAUAUUUUCCAGCAGUAACUGAAAGUUGUAAAGAAAAUGCCGCCAAAUUCUUUAUUUGCAUUGAAGAUAAAAUGACUUAUAUUAACGAAUCUGAUACUCAAGGUGCCAAAAGAGGUUUAACCUUAUGUGAACAACAAUUAAAAGAUUAUACAGAUUGUAUGGAAAAAGCAUUAAAGAAGGGUGAAGGAUUUGGUUUCUUGUAA